AUGGUGCAAUCCAAUAAAUCGGCCACAACCUAUGCAGCGAUCGCAGCGCAAGCGGCGGAUGCGUUGCAAGCGCUGGUACAGUCGACGCGUGUCAAAGUGGAGCCUGCAGUAACUUUUGUGUCGUGUGGCUCGCCAUUACAUGAGCAUUUCGUGCCCGAAUCGUCGCUGGAGAAGCAUUUGAGAAAAUGCCACGGAGAACGACGGCCUCGUCUGAUUCAUAAUGCAGCGUUUUAUUACGGCAGACGCGACGAAAAAGAUGGACAGGAUACUCAAGAAACAACAAGCAAAUUCAUUGAAGAAGCUACUAGCGAUAUUGGUGCACGUCCAGAGAUGGACAACAGUCAUAGCGGAGAUGAGAAUGCAACUAAGCUGCAAAGCCUAUUGGAGCCUGAGAAUGUCUCGAGUGAAGAGCAGAGCAAUCGAUAUGAUCACGACAAUGACAGAGGCGGCAUAACGAGUGCACUCGAGGCAAUGGCGACUUCGGCUGGGUCAUUCUACAGCCAAGUACAGGCGUGGCAACGUAUACCGCGACCUUUUGCUACAAUGAAAGACAACGAGCGCAAGUUAGUGACGUCACUGUCUCUGUGCCGAUGGCUGAAUGCCGAACUGAGUCGUCCUGGCGUGUUACCAAACGGCGAGGCGCUCGAUGACGAGCUGGUCGACUAUGUGGUUGGAUUAGUGGACCAUCCCGACUUUUGCCAGCCUGACCGUUUGGUAUCGGAACUCUACGAGUUCUUGGGCAGAAACGUGACGACGUUUGUGCUCGCGCUUUGGAAAUUCUUGGUGAUCGAAAUUGGGCUUCGAAGUGUGUUCCAAAACGUAGCAAAGAGCGAGAAGGAUGUGGCAGUUCGAGUAGACUCAUCUUUCGGCAGCAGCCAUGGUAGCUCCAAAACGAGUGCUGUAUCCGUGGCCUCUCGAGUAUCACCGAGUGAUGCAAGAGCAGAGCAUGCACACAAGCAUCACCGUGCUUCGUACAGGGGAAAAGUGGGUACAAAGACAGGCUCCGCAGCGUACAGGGAUAUGAUUCAGAAGCACAUGAUCGGCCUUAGUCUCGAGACGGACCGGGAACUUGUGCUCGGUGGUGGGUUUACGAAUAAGCGAGAGGAGGAGAAGCAUCCGAUGACCGUGCAUCACUCUGGUCGUAAUCCUGUCGACUGCUGGUACAACUUUACUGACGCGCUCGCGGUGCGCAACCGAAGUCGAAAGCGUCAGCAUGAUCACUUUGUAGGCAGCAAGCGGCGAUCCAGGUCGGAUUCCAAGUUGAAUGAACGACGAAGCGUGCGUAGAAGGUCGUGUGCGCAGGACAGCAACGUACAUCGUAAAGGGUCCGCGAGUCCGGACAGAAGUAGAGGGAGCUUGCUUGAGAUGGACCCGAAACUAGCUCAGCGCUGUCGCCUUACAAGCGAUGGUAGUGAACCAGCAAAGCCCCGACAUGUGGAGAUCUGGCAACUGGCCAAGUUGCCAGCGCUGAGCUUUGCAGCAGUAAACAAAUUUCUGGACGUUUUCUAG